AUGGCGAAAAAUACCGAUGCUGGAGAUUGGGAAGAUUUGCGUAAGCAAGCACGACAUGUCGAAAAUGAAAUAGAUGCCAAGUUGGUGGCUUACAGUAAAUUAGGAAUUAAUGCUGGAUCCAGUCAUGCUAGUGCUGACACAGUACCGUUGCUGGAUGAAGAUCAUGUCUUUGAAAAUAUGACAUCAGAAAUUGAAUCACUUUUAGCCAAACUUAUGACGAUCAACGACAAAAUGAGUGGAAUUCAAGCCAAUGGUGCAGCUAUGCUUCAUACGAUGCAAAGACAUAAAGAAAUCUUAAAAGAUUAUAAACUUGAAUUUAGUAAAAUACAAAAUAAUUUCGCCAGUAGAAAAGAUCGAGAAGAUUUAUUGGGGAGUGUAAGAAAAGAAAUCGACAGCUAUAAAAAUGCAAGUGGUUUAAAUCGGAGAGACAUGUAUUUGAAGGAAAAUCAACACGUACACAACUCUGAUCGACUAAUUAAUGAUCAAAUAAGUAUUGCGAUUGAGACUCGAGAUCAUUUAGUAUCACAACGACAGACAUUCAAAAAAAUUCAAACCCGAUUUAAUGAUCUUAGCAAUCGCUUUCCCAUGGUCAACAGUCUUGUACAAAGGAUAAAUAUACGAAAAAGACGUGAUUCCCUGAUCCUAGGUCUUCUUAUUGGAUUCUGCACAUUUUUGAUGCUUCUCUAUGCUUUCCAUUAA